AUGUGGGAACAUAAUAGUCGCUUCCCGAGGCUGCCGGCCAGAACUGCGCCGCCAACAACCUCUUGGCGGCCGGCCAAGGGGCCCAAGAUAUCAACUAUUACUAGCUUGCCAGUUUCGGCGUUUGGCUGGCAACUGGAGACAUCAGAGCAGCGCUGCACAUUGUGGGCCACGCUUCCCACCUUUGAUGACGUGGGCUCCGACACUUGGGACAAAACUUUGAAAAGGGAGUAA